AUGAAGUCAUCUGAUCCUUUUCCCAGGUCUGGGGCUAAUGAUGAUUUCCAUAUGAAUAUGAUUCGAGGAUUGUGUUUGGGAGAUAGGAAGUCAUGGCCGUGGUAUGGUCCUGAUCCAGAUUGGGAUAAGGAAUAUAUGAAAGCAGGAGGUGAAAAUUGGUUGCUGAUAGCCCCUCAUUGGUAUCCUUUUAGUGUAACAGGAAAGGUUUUAAAGGGAGCUAAGAAACACCUGGCUAAGAGAAAGGGAACUGUUGACAGUAAUACUAUUUGCUUUUCUAUAGAAGCCCCUCCUGAUAAUCUAUAUCCACCACCAACUGUGCCCCCUACCCAGUUAGCCCCCGGCCAUGCCCAACCACAACCCCCCCCUCCCUAUAAAGCAAUGUAUCCUGCUGUACCUAAUGCCCCCUCAGAGGAUGAUAUAGAGGAUAUUUCUGUUGCUGCAGCUGUUAAUUCACAAUCACAGCAAUUACAGGAAUCAUCAUCUACACCAGAUUCUGAUAUAGAAUACCCACCGCCACCUCCUGGUACAGUUUAA